GCUGCCGACCGGGCUAGUCCUCAGCCCCGCGCGCCCGCGCCCGCGCCCACCCCCGUCCCGCUGACCCGCGCAAUCGUGGCUAACAGUUUUAUUUCCCGGAAUAAACUUUAUCAAACAAAGCGUGCGUACCCCGCGCCCUGCAUCUGCUCGGCCAGCUGUUCCCGCUGCAGCUGCCCUGUUCGUCUCGCUCGCACGCGCGCGCACCGCCGCUCUCGAGCGAGACAGAUAGCAUCCAGUGUAAACGCGGAGCCCUUCAAUUCCCUGUGCACGGCCCAUUCGCAGUCUGCAUCUCGAUGCCGGCGGGCAAACUGAUAAUGACGAGCAAGCGUAAGCGUGACGACGUCGAUCGCAAAGUGAAACGUAAGCGCGGCAUGAAGCGCGCUCGGAGCGAGCCUCUUUCUGGCGACUCCGAGAACUCGGAGAAGCGUCAGGCGCUGCGGCGUCUGUUCGGACGCGGUAGCUCGGCGGAAUCGGAGAACAAUCAGCAGCGCCUGCCGGACGACGAGGACGACUUCGAUCCUCGUGACGCGUACAUCGAUGAGAACGACGACCCGCUGCUAGACUCGGUGCCAGUGGACAUGGAUCCCGAACAACUCGGAUUUCUGGUGUGCGCGCAGGAGACGCUGCGCUUCUUGCACGGCCGCGGCGUUCCGGUUGAGCACCCGGUGUUCUCUCGGCUGCGCUCGCGCCUUCUCCGCGGGAUGGACGAGAUAGCGAUGGCCUGAGAAAUGCUGGGCCCCGAGCCCACCAAAAAGUAAAUCUCUUCGUACCUGACCCCCCUCGGACUGUGGCGCCAGUGUUUAUUUGUGUGUACUCCGACAUGAUUUCUGAUAUUUCCGCGAUUCGCGAGCUCUUUUGCUGGACUCUUGAAUGUACUGUGUAUUGUUUAUAUUAUUGUGUAAACCAAUGGGCAGCCCUCUGGGCAUUCUAGUCACUAUCUAGUCAAAAUCUACGAAUUUCGUAUAUUGUAUCUGUGUUAAGCAAAUAUUGUAUUGAUGUAUGUAAUAUUCAAAUAAAUUUGUCCUAUUAUUAUUUCGAA